AUGAACAACAUUACCGGCUGGUCGACUAAAAAAUCAGGGAUAAUUGAGCUGAAUCAUCGCUGUGAGUGAUUUUUAAAAUUCCUUAUUUUUUUUUAUAAACACCGAUGCACAAAAACCACCUUAGAUAAUGAUAAUGCCGUGUUUGCCCUGUAAGCAAUAGAAAGUAUCCCAUUUAGACCAAGAGGGACAGCUCACUCUCUCUGAAUUUAAAAGAAUAUAACUGAAAAUUUCGUGCCACCUUCCUCUUCCGUUCAGACAAAUUGGACCCUGGAAUUUUUAUUUGUUUACCCCUCGGGUCGCAAGGGAUAAGUAAAUAAGUAAGUAAGUAAGUAAAUAAAUAAAUAAAUAAAUAAAUAACGAUUUAGUGGCACUAGCUCAUCCACAAAGUGGUUCUUUGUCCCCCAUUCUGGCUCAAAUUUACCCUGCGCAGCUGGCGGGAUUAACGUGGGAUUGAUAUGUUGUUUUGGUGGCAAUGGCGGAAUAAGGGUGAGAAGCAACAAAACUCAACCUGGCCGGCCACAUAUGAUGUUGCCUGAGGAAUCAAGCACAGGACAGUCAUUAAUGAGAGGGGAGGGUUCUCACCUGAAAUACAGUAGGACCUCUAUAUAACAAAGUCCUCGGUAUAAUUAACAAUUAUUACAUGAGUGUGCGUUGGAUGUGAGAUGGUAGCCGCGAGUGGAAUAAUUGUUCUAUUAAAAACGCCCACAAACAUCGAGAAUUCGUCCCGACUUUAUUUGUAAAAACAACGCAUACAGUUACCAUAUUUGGAGAGCAUGGUAUAAUUAACAAUUGAUGAGUGAGGCUGAGUAUGGAGAUCGAGGAGGGUGUUAUCCGUCGAGACCGUAGGCCGAGGCGGAUAACACCCUCCGAGAUCUCCAUAAUUCUUCAUAUGAUACGAAAGCCGAAUUCAAUAAUUGUUUUAUUUAUUAUUCAUUCAAAAUAAUUCCUAGUUUAAAAACAUGACUAAAACAUGCUUACCUCUAUCGAUGUUAAGUUCAUCCUCGACAGUGCACGUUUAGGGUUGUUCAGCUCAGCAAAUAUUCUCCAAAUAGCAUGCGCAGAUGUCGCCCUUCGAGUUGUCGUCUUGCUGUUCUUGCCAUGUUUUUAGCUAUUUUUUUGCCUAGUUCUUGCUUUUGAAAUGAGUGAAAUGUCUUUCAUUUUGUUUUCACAACCAAAACAACUUAACCUUGUCCCCAGGUCUUCUCGGUUAAAGGUCAAUAGCUGGUUAUUGCGAAUUAUGCGUGUACUUUUAGCCAAUCAGAAUCGGGGAAAUAUUUUGAAUGAUUAAUAAUGAGUCAUAUACCAUGAUGUCUAAGCCAAUCAGAGCACUAGAAUUGCAUUAUCCAAUGAUUCAAUUAGUAAGCGAUACUCUCCACCCCAGAAAUAAUACAGUCAAACCCCGUAAAUCCCGACACUGAAGGGGCCGCACUAAGAAAGAGUCCCUGUUAACGGGGUGACCUUAUUAAUCGGGUUGAAAAUUAAAGGGCUUUCUUUCCCCAGGGACAAAGCGAACUGUCCGUGACAAUGAGAUGUCUGUGUUGAGCGGGUUUCCAGACUGGGGUUUGACUGUGCAAUAAAUAAAAUGAACCUCGAUAAAACAAAACCUCUUUAUAGUGAGGAUAUUUUGCCAGUCCUUUGGGUCUUCGUUCACCUGUUCGUUAUUAUAUAUCGAGAUUCCAAUUUAAACUGUUGUGUGGUUGUUAAAAAGAGAAAACGAGACGCCGUUUAGCUAUUGAAAUCAACCCUUAGUAGCACAGGCCAUAUUGGUGGGAGGUAACAGAAAUGGGGUUCAUCCGAUCAACCGAUCGUUAGAGCGCCUCUAAAGAUGGCGUGACGAAACAAGUCGCAAAGGAGGAAACCAGUGGGAUAAACAAAAUCAACACGUAAAAAAGUCCAAAGCGUUGUGAUGCCCCAUAUAUUGUCACAAAUACACAGGAGGGGAGGGUAAGAGUAAGAAUGUUACCCCCUACGGUUGCACAAAAAAAUGGUAACGAUUUUCAAAUAAUAUUUGCUCGUUUUGUCUUCUUAUCAUCUGAUACAGGUUUACGUUCUAAAGCUCCGCAGAUUUCUUCUCCCGUGGUUUCGGUGACAGCCUACUUCAAUGUCAGUUUAAAGUGCUUAGCAUUUGUUAGGCCAAGCGACUGUGGGGACAAUUCUUUACGGUGGUAUUUUAACAACAACCCAGGGGAAUUAAAAUCUGGUGAAAAGUAUGAAAAACAAGAAAGGAAAACCAACACCAGAUGCAAAACAGAUUUUAUUCUCACCAUUGUUAACGUUACUGAUGCAGACGAAGGAAAGUAUAAAUGUGAGUGGCUCUGCGAGAAUGACGACCCCAGCUUUUCCAGGUCUUCAAUUAUCCAGUUGAAAGUAUAUCCUCCAGAAGAAGGUACUGAUACUCCUGUGAUAUCUAAAGGUCUUGUGUCACGAAAUUUAUCAUUGAAUUCAAAAAGUGAAAAACCCCACCAAAUUGAGUGAAGCAAGAAAAUAACCGCUCAAAACCCCGGGGAGGGGGAUGUACUUAGGAAAAUGUUUGCUGGGUAUAUGCUGCUGGCCUCUCAGAGCCCCUACCCCAUUAUAGUCUACUCUGCGGCCAAUUAUAGACCCCAUCUUAGUCACUUUUGGGCAAAUGUGUAAUUUUCGCGAUCCCAAAUUAGUCGCUUUCUAUUUUUAUGAAUUGACCCAUUAAUUAGAUUGAAUUAAGAGCACUUUACUUUUCAUCUGCAGUACAAACAUUCUGGUACGUUUGCUAACCAUAAAUAUGUCUUACCCCAAAAAAUCCGAAAAUGUGCGACCUCAUUAUAGUCAAUCCAGUCAUGAAAAUGGGACCCCAUCCAGCGGCACAUCCCCAUUAGCCUCUUAUUAGGAAAUACCCCAUACCCCCCCCUCCCCGGUUCAAAACAGUAAUACAGAAAAUGCAAAAGGAGUCAUGUAUGGACAAGCUUGAAGGGUUAAAACUGAUUGCAACUGAGUGUUUCAUUAGAAACGAAGAAUCCAAUCCGAAGAAUAACUCGCAAUUGUAUAACAGUAAUUUGAUCUAAUUUCAUUCGAUCUGAAAUCAAAUUGUACAAAUAUAUUCUAUUCAAUGAGUGUAAUCAAGACAAUAAUUGAUACAUGAAACUAGAAAAAGCGGAAUAAAUGCCGAUAAAAGCUAAACGUUGAUACAAGCGAAAUCGCGUGGUUCUUGAAAGAAACGAAGUCAAUUUAAGUCUGUUUAAAUAUAAAAAUUCCUUGAAUAGGUCUUUUACUAAGUUAACACUGAGGUUUUUGGAAAUUCAAAUAGCCUAAACGUUUUUCAAAAUUCAUUUUUUUGUCUGUAACUUUUCAUAUAAUGUUUGGGAGACAAAUGUGUUUGACAUGAAGCAGUGAUUUUGUCAUUUGCAAGUGAUUUCUUAACUUACGCUGAGUUCCAUUGAGAAUAGGGAUAUAUUUGGCAAAAUUAUCAAAAUGAACCAGCAAACCAUGACGUCACAGCCCAUUUGUUCUAGUGAGAGGGUACUCCCUUUGAAAGCGAAUUGUUUAAAACCAUUUGGGUCUGAACCAGGGAAAGGUUUUGCGCCGUUUGGAUACAGGGUCUGAGAUUAUAUGUUCGUUCAUGAGUUUUUUUAUGUUUUUGUUGUUGCUAUUGUUUUAAAUCAUCCGCCUUCAGGUCUGUGAAUAGGGAAGGAAAAGUCGUACUCUACCGAAACAGGUAGACAGCGAAUUCCAUAAAUACGUGCACUUGAAAUUUCCUUUUAAACGGAUAGGGCGAUUGGAGGGUAAAGUUUACUUCUGUUUUUGAAAUAAUUAUAGAGUAAAUUAUAGCUGAAAUUUCUACUCGUGCGGCUAUUUAUUAGUAGGUGCCAGACAGUAACUCUAUCGCAAUACCCAUCAAGGGGACGGCAACUCGUAACACCCUCCUUUAUCUGCAUGAUCGUUUCACAUGAUACAAUAGUCGAAUCAGAAUCCAGCUUCUGGGUUGAGUAAUCAGUAUUAGGUUCCAGACCUCUUAUAUUUUAGGGCAUGUUUUGCACAUAAGCAGUAGGAUUAAAAGAAUGACUGGCAAAUGGUUCUUUUUGUGUUGCUGUUUAAGACCAGAAUAUUACAAUUUUGUCGACGAGGAUGGCGCUUGUAGAUCGAGUUGGAGAGUAUGUGGACGGUAAAGAAGAUAUUGCAAGUUAUAUCGAAAGAGUGGAAUGUAUUUUGCGGCGAAUUAUGUCAAGGCGGAUUUCAAAGUUGCUAAGUUUCUAGCGUUUAUCGUAGCAGAUGCAUAUCGCGUGCUGGGAAAAUUGUUAGCCACUGAACGUCAAAAAUAUAAGUCUUUUGUGCAAUAGUAUGAAAAGCGGACUGAACGAUUUGGAAACCCAGCUCUAAUUUCAAAGUCACUGAUCAAUAAGUUGCUGGAGAUAUCAGCAGAUCAGGAUGAAAACAAUUUGACAGCUCGCGCAACAUUGUGAGAACAUUUAUGGAGCAGGCUUUAGACCAGCAACUAAUAUGCAGCAGAUUGUUGCAAAGCUACCUCCAAAAAUUGCCGUAAGGUGAACCAGGCAAAAGUUAAAGCUACAGCCCAAAUAAGUUGACCUUAGCGACCUAGAUGAGUGGCUGAAACCGAGAGUCAAGUCAAAGUGAUAGCCUUUGGUUGCUCCAGUAAUAUAGAGAAUCCUGAACAAGAGAAACCCAAGUCAAAUUCAAAUAAAUCGAAGUGGCUCAGGAGAAAGAACAUGCGAAGACUCAUGAAAUGUUUUGUGAGCUAAGAAAACCAUGUACUGACAUUGUAUGAAACCUGCAAGAAUCAACUGUAAGUAAACGAUGGUAAUUAUAAGAGAAGUUGGGUUUGUGCUUUAGAUGCCACAGUAGAGGACAUCGUGGGCUGAGACAUUCCAAUCCUCGCAGGAAGCCACAGGAGAGACGUCAUCACAUGGAGUACCAACUAAUCACACGAGCUGUUGAGGUUCUGAAGACUUGAACCGUUAAGUGUACAACACCCCGAAAGGGUUGCGCUGCAGAUGAUACCCACCACGGUAUCUGGGUCUGGGUCUGGGUCGUCCUUCCUCAAGAGGAGAUCGCUGACAUACUGGGUUUGUACGCACUCUGUGUUGCUGCUUUUGGAGUGAAGUCGAAUGUAGCGGAUAGCAAAACUGUAACUGUCCGCCAGCCUUGAGGGUAUGAAUUGGAGCAACAAGAAGCAAUUAUUUUUUGUGGAAAUUUGUGAAAUGAAAGCAAUUUAUUUGUCCGUCAAUGCAAGAAAUUAGAUCAUAAUCGCGACCUGUAGAUCAUAAAGCCAGUUCCACAUAUGGAAGUUGAUUGAGAAGUGAUUAUUAUGAGGAACUCAUUUUGUCACUUGAAUAUCGCAAAGGACAUCUGGGGAAGCUGGAAGAGUAAAGAAAACCGCUCACAUAGACAAUAGUUGCAAAUGUCUCGGAGGAAGCAAACGAGUGUCAUGAGGCUUGCCAUGUUUACACAUACCAUAUGACCUUUACUCCAGAAAUGAGGGCCGAUGAGCUCUUGGCAAGA